CUCCCGUCCACGUCAUCAUGGACACAUUUUAACCAGCAUGCAUCACGAUUUAGGCAGCGCUGCGUGAUCUUGAACUCGCCUAUUGACGCAAUCGAACCAUGACGUAUGUGGAGCUCGCGGAGGUUUACCAUGGCUUCCAUUUCUGGUGUUCUACAAGCCACCAUGACAGUGGUUCUGAUCCUGGCUGGAUUCAUAGUUCUGUUUUUAAUGUACUACAAGUCAUCUCCAUCUCCGAAAUGUUACCCUCGUCCGGCUCACCCAGGGCAGCUGAAAAAACCUGUACUGCUGCUGUGGUUCUGGCCUGAAAACAAAAGGUUUGAUUUUAAGGACUGUAAGACGCUCUUCAAUAUUGACAGCUGCCACCUCACCGAUAACAGAGCUUUAUACUCCACAGCUCGAGAAGUCUUGAUAUUUCAUAAAGCUAUUAAAGACGACCUGUCCAACCUUCCCAGCUCACCCAGAGCCAAAUUUCAGAGGUGGAUCUGGUUUAACAUGGACUCACCCACCAACACACGCCAGAUAAAAGGCAUUGAAGGCCUUUUUAAUUUAACUUUGAGCUAUAGGAAGGAUUCCGAUAUCCAAGUACGUUGGAAACUGGGUACUGAGAAGGCCAGCGGAGACUUUGUGCUGCCCAAGAAGGAGCGAUCGGUUUGUUGGAUCGUGGAAAGCAGUGAGCUGCUAAAUAAAUCAGAUGAUAGGUUCAACUACUACAGAGAGCUUGAAAAGCACAUUAAGGUGGACAUCUUUGACAGCUCAUCUGACGAGUUAGUGAACGGUGAAAACUAUUUCCAGACUAUAAGCAGCUGCAAAUUCUAUCUCUCCUUUGAAGAUUCCAUUCACAAAGAUUACAUCACAGAAAAGUUCAACGGGCCUCUUGCAGUCGGCACCGUGCCGAUAGUUUUGGGCCCGCCGAGAAUGAACUAUGAGGAUUUUGCCCCAGGAAAUGCCUUCAUUCAUGUCAAUGACUUUCCUGAUGCUGCAGCACUGGCGGAGUUCAUCCAGAAGCUGGACGGAGACAAUGAGGCUUAUAUGAGAUACUUUGACUGGCGGCAGUUCUACACGCCCAGACGUCAUCUCACCGACCAGCACCAGUUUGCACUCGCUAUCUGCCAGGCCUGUCGUCACGUGGCCUUGCAUAGGGUGUACAGAGUUGUUAAAGAUGUGCACAAGUGGUUCUUUGAGUGAUGCUUUUAAAUUAGAAUUGUGCUAUGAAGAGAAAUCCUCUUUUAUUGUUCUUGUACAUUGGACUGUGUCCAGUUUAUGUGAUGGAGUUUAUGUCCAGUACUUCCUUUAAACACCUGUUGUAGAUAUUAAUUCAUGUCUUCUUUGUGGUUUGUAACCACACAUCUGAAAUACAUUAAAUAAUUAACUGAAGAAGAUGGAUGGUGAUGUAAAUAUAUUUGGGUGAUUCCAGCCAAAAUCUGUUAUAAAUCUUUAAAGGGAUUAUUUUAUUUUUUCAAGUAGAUGUAAAAGUUUUGCUUUACUUACAGCUUGUAUUUAAAAUGAUUAUGAAGCUACUUAAUGUGUAUGUCACAGAGUUUGGUCAUUUCAGAGUCAGUUUUACCAGAUACCAUGAGAAGUAAGUUCAUCGUGUAUUUGAGUGAAUGUCUUUUAACAUCACCUCACUUGUUCUUGUGUAUUAUAUUAUUAUAUAUUGUAUCUAUAAUGGAUUAUAAUGGAUCAAUUCUAUGUUUAUACUUGUACUUUACCUGCGUAUUUCACUGCUGUACUAACUGUAGUCACUAGAUACUGUGCAGCCUUCAACUGAAAUGUAUUUAAUUGAACUUACAUGGUGAAUAAAUGUAUUUUAUCAACUUUAUUCUUAUUAAAAUCUAUUUAAUCAUCGGUACAGUUUACUACAUGUGACAAUUAAGUUUAUAUUUCAUGGAUACCUCAAUAUCUUCUACCUGGUUAGUCCUGCUUCAUUUGUCAUUUUUAGG